UACUUCGUCUGUCACUCGUAAUAAGUAAAAUUCGCGGAGUAUAACAACUCCGUGGCAAAAUUCUAAAUAAUAAAUAGAAUGUUUUCCACCCGUAAACGUUAUGCAAUCUUUUUACACUUGUAGUUGUUACUACACCCACAAUAUUUAUAUUAAAAGAUGUAAUUAUCAUUUUACAUUUAUUGAUGAAAAUCAGUUUUGUAAGGAUUACAAGGAAAUUUUACCUGCUUUGGGUAACGAUGAUGGUUUCAAAAUCGAUUUAUUAAUCCAAGAAAUCCAUGAAGAAAUUUCCAGACGUAAACAGGCAGCUAAAAAUUCUUUAAAAAGAAAAGAAAUCAUAAAAAAAUGCUAUAAGCCAUUGAAUUCAAGUUUAUAUAGAUUAGAGGAAAUACAUCUUGCAUCAUCAUUUUUAACACUUGUGCAAACAGCUAAGAAUUUUGGUUUCCAAAAGACAUUGCAAACACUUGAUGUCAUUUCUGAGGAGAAACAACUGUAUGGAUUCCAGGUCUUUAAAGAGAAUUUCUGUUUGGCACUUCUUGAUGAAAUAGCUCACUAUGAAGAGUCAAAUCUUCCAAAAGAGCGACCAAAUACGAUGAACAAAUAUGGAGUACUUUUGGAUGAAUUAGGAUUCCAUGAUGAGUUUUCCUGCAUAUUGAGAGUUAAAUAUUUGGAUACUCUAGCAGCUGUGCUUUUUCCUGAAUGGCGGGGAAAAGGUUUAGAUUCUCAUAAAAUUUUCACUGUUGGCUAUAAAAUUGGCCAUGAUGUUGAUUUAAGUUAUCAUUUUGAUAACUGUGAGGUCACUCUGAAUGUAUGCCUCAGCAAGAACUUUAAAGGUGGUGAACUAUAUUUUGGGGACAUGAAGGAUGUUCCCAUUGAUAAAUCCAGUUGCAUGUUAGUUCCUCAUAAAGUGGGGUAUGGUAUUCUACAUCGUGGCCAGCAACUCCAUGGUGCCUUGCCAAUUUCAGCUGGUGAAAGACAUAAUCUUAUAUUCUGGAUGCGAUCGUCUAGCAUCAGAAAUAAAAAAUGUCCAAUGUGUAAUUCGAAACCUUUACUAGUAGCCUGUAAUGAUUAUGGAGAUGGAUUUACUCAAGAUUUUGAAUUAUCCAACAAGCAUAUAUGUAAUAUAACAUGAAUAAAUCAUUAUAUAAUAAGUGGA